AUAUGAUUGGGCAGAACCAAAAGUUACUAAUGCUAAUAAUUCCCAUUUCCAGUCUAUUUUCCAUUGUUUUUCCUGCAGAGAGGUGAGUGCUCCGAAUCAACAAAGGUGGAAUAUGAUUUGUAAGAGAGGAAUCGCCUUGGUUCUUAUAAUAAGCAUGAUGCUUCAUUUGAAUGGUGAAUCUAAUGUUCAAGUACCCAAAGGGAACCAAAGUGGUUCUGAACCUAAUGAGUCCGUCUCAGAUCGUCUAUCCAGACGAUCCUGUCAAUAUUGGCCAUUUGACCUAGCUAUCAAUCCUCUAAUGUUGGCCAAAGAUAUCUUGGAGGCGGAAUACCAAGCGUCAAGACCACCCUUGCUUAGUUCACACGAUCCUAGCCUUUGUUUAAAUAUCUUCUUUUCUUUAACCUUGGAAGAGGACAUCAUUCUGGAAGAUCAAGACAGCACCUUGGAGGUUUCCAAUACAAUCGGGAUUUCAUGGAUCGAUUCUAGACUGAAGAUGUUGCAGCAAUGUCGAAAGAUCACGAAUUUAACGGACGACGACGCAUGUUCCAAAUUCGAAACAAGUUGGGCCGUUUCACAAAUCGAGGCCAUUUUGUGGACUCCAUUGUUGGAAGUAUUGCGUUUGCAAAAAGUGAUUGAUCGAGAUUUUCUGUUCACCAUGAAAAAGGCAUUAGUCAAUGGUUGCACUGGAAAAGUCACCUUCUAUGGAAAGAUCAAAUACAAAGUCAAGUGCCCCUUGGACUUCUCGAUGUUUCCGUUCGAUAAGCAAGAAUGUCCUCUUAUCUUUAUUGCGCCCAAGUCUAGGGUUCCUUUCAAUGGAUCAUUAUGCAUGGUCUGGCAGCAUCCCCCUAAUCGAUUGGAACGAUUAGCGACUGUCAAAGACAAGAGAAUGGGCAAUUGGAACACGGAAAUCUAUGUAGAGGAGAACUGGGACAAGGAGAUAAAAAACUACGUAAAAAUCAUGUUCGAAUUCAAGCGGUACACGACGAGUUUCAUCGUUCAAACUAUGAUCCCCUCUAUCCUCAUGGUUUUGGCCAGCUUUGGAUCUUUGUGGGUUCCAAGUAACCAGAUUCCAGGGCGAAUGACAUUAGCCAUCACAACAUGUUUGACUCACAUGUCUAUGAUCAAUGGAGCCUUGGAAAAGGCUCCUCGAACGUCUUAUUUGAAGGCGAUUGAUAUUUGGCUCAUAACCUGUUUUGCAUUCACGUUUUCAAUUUUAGUCGAAUUUUGUCUUGUUAUCAGUUUGACUCAAGCAUCAGCCUUAAAGGAAAUGGUUACAGAAGUUGGAUCACGUGACAACCAUACCAAACCAAAGAAAGUCAAAUCCCAAAAGGAGUUUUCACUAGAUAAGAAAAAUGUGGCAAGGUCUCUCAAGAUUGCCUACAUGAUGGAACGGUGGGCCAAAAUUAUUUUACCCUUCUUUUUCUCCACAUUUUUUGUCAUAUUUGUUGGAUAUGUGACAUCUACGCAGGUUUUUGACAAUCCAAGCAAUGUAACCAAGAAAGCUCUAAAUGUUAUGAAAGUUCGGAUGUAAAAUGACAUAGAUCUUGAAUGAUUCCAUAAUUCAUUGAAAGUUGAGUAAAAUCAACGUCAUUUUUUUCCAAAAAACUUAUGGCUUUGCCCAUAUGAUGCACAUGCUUUUAAGCUGAAUCACCUGAAGUGACUUAAAAAAGAACAAUAUAAUUCAUCAAAAUUAAUGGCUGCAUUUUUUGAAGAGAAUAAUUCAUGCCUUUUACUAUAGUUUUCUCUCGGAUUUCACGAAAGCUACAACUAAACGUAAGGAGUAUCAAGAUUACUUGUCUUGAAUAACUGAUAUGUGUAAGCAGCUGCUCUGACUUUAAAAGAAUGUUCAACUACCAAGACAUUUAUCAAAACCCCAAAGACUUCCUUCAUCUUUUUGAAUAAUUCUGAGUGGUAAUAAAUUAAUGAAUGUCAACAUGUU